UUUGGGGGAAGCAUUAGCAGCCCUGCUGAGCUCCCACCAACACCUCUGGAACCAUGCUCAGCUCUCUCCUGCGCUCAGCGCUCGUUUUGGCAGCAGUCUGCUUUCUUACAAGUGCAGAGAGCGUCAUCACCUGUGAGAACCGGAUGCAGCGACUGAGUUGUGAUCACGGAGUAGUCAGUGUGCUCACAGUGGCCUACGGACGGACUAACAGACGGACCUGUAGUGAAGGCCGGCCCCCAGGACAGCUGGAAAACACUGAAUGCUCUCAAACCAGCGCUCUGGAAGCCCUUGCUAACAGGUGUAACGGUAAGAAAGUCUGUGAGGUGGACAAAGAGAUCUUCAGUGACCCCUGCCCUGAGACCUACAAAUACAUCCAAACCACGUACACCUGCCUCCCUGCACAUCAUGUCGUCGCUUGUGAGGAUUCGGAGGUGGAACUCUUCUGUGACGGCGGCCAGACGAUAGCGCUCAUUGGAGCGUUCUAUGGGCGCGCCGACCGAACCACCUGUAUACAAGGUGUUCCUGACGGGCAAUUCAAUAACAUCACCUGCUCUACUCCUACUGCGAACCAAGUUGUAACUGAAAGGUGUAACGGUAAAAGCCGUUGUAGCGUCUAUGCGGUGAACUCAGUAUUUCAGGAUGCCUGUUAUGGGACCACCAAGUACUUGGAACUGGCUUAUAGCUGUGAAUAUCCCCUCUGAGGAGAGCAGCAGGCCUACACAACAAACACCAACAUCUGGAGACGCAUGCCCCCCCCCCCCUCCAGCUCUCCACCUGAUGAAUGAAUCUUGAUCUUGCUUUCUGCUUUUUGCAUUAAAUGAUUAUUACAACUUUAAAA